AUGAAUACUAUAAAUAAGGCCUAAUUAUUAGAUGUUGAUAAUUAAAUCCAAUUUAAUCAAAAAAAUUGUGGUAAUAUUUUUUUUUUUGCUUGGAUAUAUCGAUUACUAGCUGUACAUAUUUAUUUCAAAUAAUAUUCUUUAGAUUGGUAAUAAAAAGCCUCUAGUAUAAUCAGAUUUGGCUAUCAUCGAUCAAGAUUGCAAUAUGGAGACAUCUUAUUCUAAAUUCUCAUCUAUAAAGCAAAAGUUAUUGUGGGUUAAUUUGCUCUAUUCUUUCAAAGGUAACUAUAGAUAAUGAUAGUAUUUAGGNAUAUCAAUUGCUCAUAAAGUAACAACAAUAAUGAAUUCAGAUAGAAUUAUGGUAUUAAAUGAUGGAAAAAUAACUGAAUUUGAUCAUCCAUAAAAAUUACUGGCUGAUCCAAAUAGUGAAUUUAAAAAAAUUAUAGAUCUUAUAAAACAUUCUGAAAUAGUGUGA